AUGGUCUGUACAGAGGUUGAAACUUUGCGUUCGAAAUUGCGUGAUGUCGAGGCACAAUUGGCUCAGCAGUUAUUAGAGCGAGAAACAGCGGAGAAAGAUGCACGGCGUCAGCAAGAACUGUACAGUCAAUUAAAGCUACAACAAACAGUACAAGAAAAACGUCGAGCUCAUAAUGCUAGACACAGUUCUACUAAUAUGGAUCCAAAACAUCUCGGUUCGCAGAUGCGCCUAAAUGCUCUGCAUUCGGGCGAUGAGAUAGAAUGCGAAGAUCCAGCCCUUGCCCGCGUUGGUUCAAAAGAUUCAGUGGCUUCAGUCAGCUCGAAGACGAAGUCCGAUGCCAUUCCGUUGCGUGACGGAGAAAAUCUAGGUUCAGUGUUAGAAAGCGAACUUCGUGCCUCUCAUUUGGAAUCAUCUAGGUUGAAGGACCAACUGGAGGAGAUGUCUGUUCAAUUGCACAAACGUGAAGAAGAGGUUGCUCAGUUGACUGAGCGCUUGCGACAACUCACCGACGACUUGGCUUCGACUGCCACACAGAGUGAAUUAAGUGAUCAAGCGGCAGACCAGGCACGCACUGCCUUGACACAGUGGCAAACCGAGUUGGCAACACUCGUUGGUCGACUCAUUUGGGCGCGAACGAUAAAUCGAAAGAGUUUGGAUGAAUUCUCUCACAAGUCGAACACUGAUGCACACGUUCGACUGGAAAUUGCCGAAAUUCUCGAUCGAGUUAAAGGGAUUGGGUCAGGCCUGCCAGAUACAUUGAAUGAAGUGUGUCAGUUAUUCACCGCCAAUUUAGAUGACGUAUGGACAUUGAUCACAGAACAAUUAUCCUCAUUUCAAUCUCAAGUGACUGAUCUUCGUUCGGCUGCUGACCGUGCAAAAACGGAGCUAUUCCAAAAGGAAGAAGAGUUGGUGAAGUUAUCGACUCAAAUACAAGAACAAUCGAAGCAUCAUGCCCUGCAAUUGGCAGCCGAACAGAACGCGGUUGCUGAAUUGCAGAAGCAUUUGUUGACUUUGAGGCAAGAACAUUCUAUCGAGAGUCAACUGGUAGUCGACUUGGAAAGGCAAGUCGAGACGCUGACACGUGAAAAACAACAGCUGACCGCCAAUUUGGAUCAAGUACAAAUUGAGGUCGCAACCCAAACGGACAAAUCAAUUGGUGAAUUGCCAAUUCACGUAGACGUGAGUCCAUUAAGCGAUUCUUUGUGUCGUUCAGACCUGGACGAAGAUGGUCAUUGUGAAGUGGAGGAUGACCAACCGGUUACUGAAGAACAGGCUUACAAAGCUUUGGCGGCCGAUCGACGUGGUCUUUCCGAUGAACUGGUUCGUUUGCACGAUGAGCUCGCUGAGUCACACGUGGACCGAUCCGCACUGCGCAAUCAGCACACUCCAACCAGUGGUCCACUGGAAGAGUGGCUUGAAUCAGUCACCGUGAACAAUGCCAGUAAGCAUCGUCGGAGGCCUUAUGGUCGAAAACCUGGCACAUGCGACGCAACGGAACUAUCGGACUCUCUGUCCGGGUUGUCCUCACAUGCGUACGAAUUGGGGGAAAAUGAAGAACCACCACUAAGUGUCACUGAUUCAUAG